AUGUUGCGGUCUCUCUUCGCCUUGGCUUGGGCCAACACUGCCCUUGCCGCGACUGUGACCUACAACUGGGAGGCCACUUGGGUCAACGCUGCCCCUCUCAAUGUCUCAAGGGCUGUCAUUGGUAUCAAUGGCCAAUGGCCCUGCCCCAAGAUCGAGGCCACUGUGGGAGAUACCGUCGUUGUUCACCUUACCAACAAACUUGGCAACCAGACCACCGGUAUUCACUUUCAUGGCAUCGACCAAGUCAGCACCAACUGGAUGGACGGCCCCAGCAUGGUUACUCAAUGCCCUCUCCCUCCGGAUAUGACCAUGACCUACUCGUUCACUGCUGAUACGGGCGGUACAUACUGGUGGCACUCCCACAACAUGGGCCAGUAUCCCGACGGCAUGCGUGGUCCCCUGAUUAUUCACGACCCGGCGGACCCCUAUGCUGGGCAAUACGACGAGGAGUACAUCCUGUCUGUUUCAGACUGGUACAACUCGGAGACCAUUCCUCUAGUGCAGAACAUGCUGCUUCCGUCCAACACUCGCUUCGCGCCCCCUAUCCCUGACAACAUGGUCGUCAACGAUGGACUCGGCGCCAAGUUCAAGUUCGAGAAGGGAAAGACCUACCGCAUCCGCAUGAUCAACUUCGCCGCCUUUGCUUCCUUCAUGAUUCACUUCGACUCUCACGACAUGAACGUCAUUAUGUCCGAUGCUGCCUACAUCAAGCAGAAGACCUCAUACAUGCUGCGCAUUGCUCCCGCUCAGCGUUAUGAUGUUCUCAUCAAGUGUAUUGACCGCGAUAACCGCAACUAUGGUUUCCUCAUCGCCGCCGAUAUCAAUCGCGACUACAGCAAUAAGGACUUUGCUCAGAGCUGGCCCUUCAACUACACCGGACAACUGGUCAUGUUCCCUGACAGGGCCUUCGGUACCGACGUUGUCAAGGAAUGGCGCCCGUCUGACGAUGCCGUCUUCGAGCCCUAUGGAGACGUUGCUAUCCUCCCUGCCGCCACCAAGGUCUUCCAGUACGACUGGGCGUUCUGCUUCGACAAGAACGGCAUCCCCCGCGCUUGCGUAAACGGCACCCCCUACGUCGACCAGAAGGUGCCCACCCUCUACACGGCUUCCACCACCGGCGAGAACAACACCAACCCCCUCGUCUACGGUGCCGUUCACCCCUUCAUCGUGAACUACGGUGACAUCGUCGACAUCGUCGUCAACAACAACAACGAGGCCAACCACCCCUUCCACCUCCACGGCCACCACUUCCAGGUCGUCAGACGCCCCGCUUCCGGCACGGGCGUCUGGCCCGGCGUCGCCCGCGCCCGCCUCAACCAGAAGCCCCCGCGCCGCGACACCGUCACCGUCAUGGGCAACUCCCACGCCGUUCUGCGCUUCGAGGCCAAGAACCCUGGCGUCUAUCUCUUCCACUGCCACAUUGAGUGGCACGUAGAGAUGGGUCUCACCGCUACCAUUAUCGAGGCUCCUGAGAGGCUCCGCAACCUCACCAUCCCUGAUGACCACAAGGCUGCCUGCCGCGCUCAGGGUAUCCCCACUGCUGGCAACGCUGCCGGUAACACGGCCAACGUGCUUGACCAGACUGGCAUGAAUCUCGAGCCUUUCCCCACGUACACUGGUGCCGCCUACAACCCUCCCGCCUCGCCGCCCACCAAGCGUUACAACGCUCCGGCCCACCCUCCUGCUCAGCUCCGUGGACGCACCAUCCGCCGCACCGGUCUCUCGAAGUAA